GACAAGAGAUUGCAAGUGAGUGAAGCUGCGACGAAAUACAGAAGCAACCAAACCGCACAGGACCUAAACCCCUCUUCGGCUUCCGCCUCUCCUCCCACUCCGCCGCUCCAGCGCUCCGUCGCAACUCCCCAUGGCGCCGAAGGUCCUCAUGGUCGCGGAGAAGCCCAGCAUCGCGCUCUCCAUUGCCUCCGCUCUCUCCGGCGGCCGCAUGUCUACACGGAAGGGAAGCACAGAUGUCCAUGAGUUUGACGGGGUGUUUCAGGGUUCUCAUGCAUUUUACAAAGUGACAUCAGUCAUUGGACACGUCUUCAGUGUAGACUUUCCACCUGCAUAUCAGAAUUGGGAAGGGACUGAUCCAAUAGAUCUGUUUGAGGCUCCAGUUCUAAGAUCUGAAUGCAAUCCAAAGGCUCAUGUCCGCAGGCAUCUAGCUCAGGAAGCUCGAGGUUGCACAUAUUUGAUACUUUGGCUUGACUGUGACCGUGAAGGAGAAAACAUAUGCUAUGAAGUUAUUGAGUGCACUGGGAUUCCUGAAAAUGAGGCUGGCAGAAGAAUUUUUCGUGCUAGAUUUUCAUCUGUUACUGAGAAAGACAUAUUGAGUGCCAUGGGUAAUCUUGUUCUGCCAAACAAAGAUGAAGCACUAUCAGUGGAUGCUCGCCAAGAAAUUGACUUGAAGGUAGGAGUAGCAUUUACUCGAUUUCAGACCCGAUAUUUCCAAGGAAAAUAUGGAAACCUCGAUUCAAGAGUGAUUUCGUAUGGUCCAUGCCAAACACCUACUCUGGGAUUCUGUGUACAGCGCUAUCAGCAAAUCACCACAUUCAAACCAGAGAAAUUCUGGUCCUUGAAAACUUAUAUUGUCAAAGAUGGUGUUGAAAUACAGCUAGAAUGGGAACGGAAGAAACUUUUUGAUUUUGAUGUUACUGUCAUGUUCCAAAAGAUGGUCACCAGUGAUGGGACUCUAAAAGUAGCAGAUAUAUCUGUGAAGGAAGAGUGCAAAACCCGUCCAUCUGGCCUUAAUACAGUUAAUAUGCUUAAGGUUGCAUCAAGUGCACUAGGUAUUGGACCUCAGACAGCCAUGCACUUGGCAGAGCGGCUUUACACUCAAGGAUUCAUCAGUUAUCCACGUACAGAGAGCACUGCUUAUCCAGCGUCAUUUGAUUUUAGAGGUGCACUUGCUGCACUAGUACAUAAUCCUCUAUGGUCCAAUGAUGUCCGGACAUUACUGGAUUCUGGUUUUGUUAAACCUCGUCAAGGACAUGAUGCUGGGGACCAUCCCCCAAUUACUCCAAUGAGAUCUGCAACAGAAGAAGCUUUGGGAACUGAUGCUUGGAGGCUGUACCAAUACAUAUUCCAGCACUUCAUCGGAACUGUUAGUCCUGAUUGUAGAUAUACAAGGACUGCCAUUGAGUUCACUUCAGGUGGAGAGUCUUUCCACUGUGUUGGCUAUCGAGUCACUUCUAAAGGAUUUACGUCUAUCAUGCCAUGGCUGGCUGUCAGUGAGAAUAGUCUUCCUGAAUUUACAAAGGGAGACACUAUUAAUAUUCAUAAAGUUGACAUAUAUGAGGGAAGCACCACGCCUCCUGAUUACCUCAGUGAAAGCGAAUUGAUCUCUCUCAUGGAGAAGAAUGGCGUAGGCACAGACGCAUCAAUUCCUGUACAUGUAAACAACAUUUGCGAACGUAAUUAUGUUCAGGUGAAUUCUGGAAGAAGAUUAGUACCAACACCCCUGGGAACUACAUUGAUAAGAGGAUAUCAGUGUAUUGAUGCUGAUCUCUGCUUGCCAGAUAUCAGAAGCUUUAUUGAGCAGCAGAUUACUCUAAUUGCAAAAGGCAAAGCUGAUUAUCUUCAAGUUAUUCAACAUGUUAUUCAGCAAUUUCUGAAAAAGUACUCCUACUUUGUGAAGAAGAUUGAAAACAUGGAUACUUUAUUCGAAGCACAAUUUUCUCCUUUGGCGGACUCUGGACGCCUACUGAGCAAGUGCGGAAAAUGUGGCCGGUAUAUGAAAUACAUUUCCACUCAGCCAAUGAGGUUGUACUGUAUAACUUGUGAGGAUGUUUAUUAUCUUCCCCAGAAAGGUUCCAUUAAGCUUUACAAGGAAAUCAUUUGCCCUCUUGAUGGUUUUGAGUUGCUUCUGUUCUCGAUGGUGGGCCCUGAUGCAAAAUCCUUCCCUCUGUGCCCUUUUUGCUAUAAUAGUCCUCCUUUUGAAGGCAUCGAUAAACUCUUUGGUGCUCUCAAGCUUGAUGACACCGGAAAGGUUGGCAAAGGGGCAGGCAUGCCGUGCUUCCUUUGCCCACACCCAACAUGCAAGCAAUCUAUGAUCACUCAAGGAGUUUGUGCUUGUCCUGAGUGUAGCGGUGCCCUUAUUCUUGACCCAGUUAGUGCACCCAAAUGGAGGCUUUACUGCAACAUGUGUAACUGCAUUGUCUUACUCCCACAUGCUGCUCAUAGGAUCACCACCACAGAUAAAAAGUGCCCAACAUGUGAGUCUACUAUCAUUGAAGUCGAUUUCAACAAGAAAACCACCCCUCUUGAAGAUGGAGCCACAUUGCAUGAGGGUUGUAUCUUGUGUGAUGAUUUGUUGCAUUCACUCAUUGAAAUGAAGCAUGGGAAGUCAUUUUUCAUGCGGAGAGGUAGAGUGAGAGGCCGGGGGAGAGGAAGUAGCCGCGGUAGGGGAAGACGGGGGAACUCAAGGCAUGAUGAUCCUAAAAUGAGCUUCAGGGAUUUUUGAAGAUUUUGGGGCUUCAUCAUAGGUCACUACUCUGUGAGUAUGUUCCAUACUAGUUUGAUACUUGUUCUGCACUACUAUUAUUCGCCUUUUCUGUUUUGCAUAACCAUAUCUUGUUAUUUGCCAACUGUCAUAGCUUUCUAGCAGAGAUUGUUUAUAAAUGGUGCCAAGUUAUUUAUUUAAAUCAAAUGCAAAGAGCAGCAGUGCAGGACUGAAUCUUGUCCACAAAAAGAGAUGCACCCUAAAUGGUUUAUCAUCCGUUGGUUAAGCCAUGCGUUCAGUAAAAACCCCGUGCGGAAUAUGACCUAAAAUCCUAAACCAUGCUUAUGCAGGAAAGCUACCAUCUUCUGCAGCUUUGGCUUGCGUUCAGUAAAAACCCCGUGCGGAAUAUAUGCUGGACAGCUGGAGUAACUGUAUUAUUCAAAACCACAUCUUAGAGUUUCUGAUGUCCCUUGUCUUUGUCCAUUAAUCACCUUCCAUGCAUCAGGACAGUAGAGUUGUAGUUUGAUUUCAAAUUUUUGACAGAGCCUGUCACGUAGAGUAGUAUAGCUAUACUUGCCCUGUGAGCAAAAUAAAUUAUGCUAGAUCAACUCAGUUGCUGUACUGCUAACUGGAGCCUAGUACCAAUCAUUGACAGUAGAACCAACAGUUCAAGGUUGGUGAGAAUUGAGAACUUCUAGCUCAAUGACAGGCGCUUUACCAGCCCCACAAAGCGAAAUGCAGCUCAACAAACUCCUGCCCUUUUUGCAACAUUUUUUUUUUUGAACCGCAUCUUUGCAACAAUGUUGGUACUUGAUAGCACCUUCCGAGCUGUUAAGAUUCUUCUAGAUGAAUUCUCGAUGAAAAGAGAAGAAAAGGAUGGCUCUGUCUAUAUUUUUGCUUUGCUCCUACUGCACACGCAUAGUUUUGAGAUGGCAUGCAACACUUGUUGGUUGCUGCCAUACUUCUCAACUGAGCAUUUGUAAGUUAUACAGUUGAGAUCACCCUUUGGCUUCAAUUGCUUUAUUAUCUCAAGCCUCUCCACCCACCAACUGAAAAUGGCCACUUAAAAGUUGGCUUCAAGUUCAAGGAAAUUGAGCAGAGUGCAACCCAAACGAAGCCUGUGAACCCUAACGAAUCGAGGGUCGUGUUCACAGAACUAAUUCCUCUGGUAGCAUUUGUGGAGGGAACAAAGCAUUUGAUUGGAACCUGAAAAGCAGACAGGAAAUAGGGAAAGGUGUCUUGUGACUUUGUGAGUGACUACUGACUAUAUUAGGUGGAAUCUGAUACACAGACGAGUGUAAGCUCAACGAAGCAAGUCUUUGCUCGUAUUAAUGUGGUGUAGAUCAUCCUGGCAAAAUGGGACUACAUUUUUUCAUGGGUUUCAUCAAAGGUAUUUGGAGUUGUUCCAACUAUGAAGUAUCUAUUGGUAAGCAACUGAUUCGUUGCCGGGAGAAAUUGCUUGGGAACUGAGUGAUCAAUCGUUUGAUUUGGAAGUGGCAGCAAGAUGCCACUUGUCACAAUCAGAAAAGGGGGUGCACUGUGGCACCUGAAAGUGGCUCGCCAGAGCUAGAAGCUACGGCUUGCUGGUCCUUAAACUUUAAUCUGGAAUUGUUUAUUCCUUUAGUAGGAAACCCAGUAGCAAGAACAAUAUAAUGUUGAUUUGCAAUGGACUUCUCGUGGCAAAUGAAGGACCAAAUAUUCUUU